AUGACGAUUGUCUACCACGACAACCCCGACAGCUCCAAACAGACAACGACCGCCAAGAUGUCGGGCACCCCGGAAGUCCCUUUCGGUGCCGAGAUGCGCCGGAAGCACUUCGCCUUCGCGCCGCGCUACACCCCGCUGAACCACGGGUCCUACGGGACUGUGCCCAAGUCGGUGCGCGCCACCCACGUCGCCCUUGAGGCCGAGGUCGACGCCGCCCCCGAUCCCUUCAUCUCCCUCGACUUCUACGGCCGGCUCGCCGAGCAGCGCGCGCUGGCCGCCCGCGUGCUCGGCGCCGCCGACCCGGACGAGGUCGUCUUCGUGCCCAAUGCCACCACCGGCACCGACACCGUGCUCAAGAACUUCGAGUGGCAGGACGGCGACACUGUCCUCGUGUACGAGCUCGUGUACGGCGCCGUCGCCCACGGCUUGUCCUGGCUCGAGGAGACGCGCGGUGUCCACGUCCACGUCGCGCGCCCCCAGUGGCCCCUGCCCGACGACGAGCUCGUCGCCACCAUGGUCGCCGCCGCCCGCGAAGUCCAGACCACCCCGGGCCGUCGCCUGCGCCUCGCCAUCGUCGACUCCAUCAUCAGCAUGCCGGGCCUGCGCGUGCCGUACGAGCGCCUCGUGCCGGCGCUGCAGGCCGAGGGCGCCAUGGUGCUUGUCGAUGCCGCGCACGGCAUCGGCCACAUCGACAUCAACCUCGACGUCCUGCGCCCCGACUUCCUCGUCACGAACCUGCACAAGUGGUUCUUCGUCCCGCGUGGCUGCGCUGCCCUCUACAUCCCCCGCCGCCACCAGCCGCUCAUCCGGACGAGUCUGCCCACGAGCCACGGGUUCACGCCGCGGAGGCGGCUCGGCGUCAUUGACGAGGACGGCGAAACUUUCACCGAGAUGUUCAGUUUUACUGGUUCCGAUGACACGACGGCUUGGCUUUGCGUUCAGGCCGCGAUCGACUUCCGCACAAACGUCUGCGGUGGCGAAGCCGCCAUCAAAGCAUACUGCCGCGAAGUUGCGCAGCGUAGCGCUGCCGUCGUCGCUGAUAUCUUCGGCACUGAAAUUCUGGACUGCCCCGGAUCGUGCAUCCGGGAUUGCUUCUUCGCCAACGUGCGGCUGCCGAUCGAACUAGGCACCGACGACGCGGACAGCGGCAGCGGCAGCGGCAAGGUGAGCCCAGAGCACGCGCCUCGUGUCGUCCGCUGGAUCAAGAUUAGGGGCGAGCGCGAGAGCGGCUUCUACUUCCAGACCUGGUUGUACCGCGGCGCGUGGUGGUGGCGCCUCAGCGGCGCGAUCUACGUUGAGGUAGAGGACUUCAGGAGGGGGGCCGAAGUCCUCAAGGCCCUGUGCGAGAGAAUCCGAAAUGGCGAGCUCGCACGGGACCCAGAAACCGGUCCUCUUACCGCAUAG